AUGUCUUCCACCACUCGCACCCUUGCCACCGCCCUCUUCGGCGCCGCCACCGUUGCCGCUCACGGUUACGUCUCCAACAUUGUCAUCAACGGAGUCAACUACCCCGGCUACGAUGUCACCAAGAUCCCCUACAUGAGCGAGAGCGAGAAGCCCGACCUGAUUGCCUGGAGCUCCGGCGCCACCGACCUCGGCUUCGUCGCCCCCGACGCUUACACGUCCGGCGACAUCAUCUGCCACAAGAACAGCACCAACGCCGCCGGCUUCGCCGAGGUGGCCGCCGGUGACUCCAUCUUCCUGCAGUGGAACACCUGGCCCGAGUCCCACAAGGGCCCCGUCAUCGACUACCUCGCCAGCUGCGAGGGUGACUGCAGCACCGUCGACAAGGCGUCCCUCAAGUUCUUCAAGAUCGACCAGGUCGGCCUCGUCGACGGCACCAGCGUGCCCGGCAUCUACGGCUCCGACGAGCUCCUCGACAACAGCAACGGCUGGUUGGUCCAGAUCCCCGCCGACGUCGCCCCCGGCAACUACGUCCUCCGCCACGAGCUCAUCGCCCUCCACUCCGCCGGCACCGAGGGUGGCGCCCAGAACUACCCCCAGUGCUUCAGCCUCAAGGUCACCGGCUCCGGCUCCGAGUCCCCCGCCGGCACCCUCGGCACCGAGCUCUACACCUCCACCGAGGAUGGCAUCGUCUUCAACAUCUACCAGUCCGUCGCCAGCUACCCCGUCCCCGGACCCACCGUCAUCGCCGGCGCCUCCGCCGUCGCCCAGUCCACCUCGGCCAUCCAGUCCACCGGUGCUGCCACCGUCGGUGCUGCCGCUGUCGAGACUAGCCCUGCCGCCGUCGCCACCUCGGCCGCCGCCUCCUCUGCCGCCGCCACCACCGAGGCUGCCACCUCCGAGGCUACCUCCGUCCAGGCCGUUGCUUCUGAGACUGCCGCCGCCACCACCACUGCCGCCGCUGCCGAGCCCACUAGCACCAAGACCAGCUGCCGCAAGAAGCGUGCUGCCCGUGCUCUCAGGGCUCGCUCUGUCAAGGCUUAG